AUGAGCAGAAGAGCUGGGUAUUUACUGGUAGAAAAACGGGGCUUUAAGUACUCACAAAAUCAACAUAAAAAGUUCGCCAAUUACAGUCUCCCAAAAUUGGCUGUACUAUUUCCUCUAACAAUGAUGAUUAGGACAAGUCUUAAAGGAAAAAUUGCGUUUUAUUUAGGCAACAAAAAAGUGGCCUAUUAUAAUUUCAUCGUUGCUUUCCAUUUCUUUCGUAUCCUUUUCUCACAAUUGUUUAUUCCCAUCUUACGUAUUUUAGCUAAAUCCUGGAAUAAUCAUCUUCUUAAAGUAGAGUUUUGUAAAUUAGGCUUUAAAGCUAAACAGGAAUGCAAAGAUUACAUUCGUCGUCCUUUCACAAUUCAUCAAGUAAGUGCAUUUUGUGGAUUUAUUAACCAUGAGGAGAUGAAUAUUUUGCGUUUGACACAAACAUUAAUCAAAGGCAAAAAGGCACCUCCUUUCUUGAUUACUGCCUGCCACAUAAAAGCGUACCAAGCACAGACAAAAUGUUGGCUAAAUCAGUUAAUUUACAAUAAGACAGUACAACUUUGGCAAAUUACAGACUCGGAAUGCAUGUUAAUUUGGAAGAGCCUAAAACCUAUUUUUAUUUGCGUUUCUCUUAAAAUUAAUAAAUACAUUUCGCCUAUUUAUUUCCUUUUUUGGUGUUGUAAAAGUGGGUUGUAUUGGUUGAAGCGGGGAGUAAAAGCCGAUUUUGCAAGUAUCCUGAAAAAAAAGAAGUAUGCACAGUUGACACAUAGGCGCAACUGUUUGGAGCCUCGUGAGAACCUCAUUGAAGGGCUGUGGUUGGAAGCCAUGUCCCCUUCCCUCAAAAAGACGCCUCACUUUAUCUCAGCGAAAUUUAAUGCACGCGAUUUCUGUAAUGUGUUUUUUCAGCUUUUUCGAGCUAGUUCUAAAGUCCUGGAAGACUAUACUACUACGCUUUUCCCAUUAUUAUUUAUAUCUCCCAGAAAUGUUGCUUUUAUUAUAAUGACAACGCAUAAUUCAAGUGACUCUUAUAUGCUUUCUUAA